AUUUUUAGUGGGAUUACAUUGUCGAAACAUAAAGUUUUAAACUAGUACUUUGUAACUCAUUACUUUUAUUCUACCAAGCAUUUUGACCCGGAAGCAGUUUUUGGUCGUUGCUAAGUCAAUGCUUGAGAUCGAACUUGAAGCUUCAGUUAAAAUAAAAACACGUUCUCUUUUCGUCUAGUUUUAAGCAGGAAUGACGAGUGCUCAAUGAGGUCUCACGUCAGCGAUGGCUGUAGUGUCAUGGAAGGAGAUCUGUCUUCUGACUGGACUGGUGGUGGGCUGCUACUGGAACAGCCUGUUCUGUGGCUUCGUGUUCGAUGAUGUCUCUGCUAUCCUGGAUAACAAAGACCUUCGCCCCAGCACACCACUGAAGAACCUCUUCCUCAAUGACUUCUGGGGCACACCCAUGUCAGAGGAGAGGAGCCAUAAGUCCUACAGGCCGCUUACUGUGCUCACCUUCCGCUUCAAUUACCUGUUCAGCGAGUUGAGCUCCUCAUCAUACCACCUCCUCAAUGUGGUUCUCCACGCUGUGGUGUGUGUCCUCUUCCUCCACUUCUGCCGUCUGCUCUUGGACCGAAGCACCAGCCUCAUAGCGGCUCUGCUGUUUGCAGUCCAUCCCAUCCACACAGAGGCUGUGACAGGUGUCGUUGGCAGGGCUGAGUUGCUGUCCUCCAUUUUUCUGCUGGCUGCUUUCCUGGCAUACACCAAAUCAAAAGGCGCCGAUCACUCCAUAGUGUGGACUCCCAUCAUUUCAACCGUGUUCCUGGUUGCCGUUGCCACGCUAUGCAAGGAGCAGGGAAUAACUGUCAUUGGGAUAUGCUGUAUUUACGAGGUGUUUGUUGCCCAAGGGUUCACUCUGCCCAUGCUGAUUGACACCUUACUUCAGGUGUUGAGAGGAAAAGAUGGUUUUCCCUAUGCUGUUCUCCAGACCCUGCUGAAGCUCAUUGUCUUGAUCAUCAGCACACUAUUGCUGGUCAUCGUCAGGGUGCAGGUCAUUCAGUCCCAGCUGCCAGUGUUCACCAGGUUUGAUAAUCCAGCUGCCGUCAGCUCCACCCCGAGCAGGCAGCUGACCUUCAACUACCUCCUGCCAGUAAACGCCUGGCUGCUGCUCAACCCCUCUGAGUUGUGUUGUGACUGGACAAUGGGCACUAUCCCUCUUGUGGAGUCCCUACUGGACCCUCGCAACCUCGCCACAGUGGUAUUUUAUGCCAUGUUGAGCCUCCUGGCUUAUCACAGCCUUUGGUACGGCCACAGCUCUGCAAAGAUCGUCAUGAUGGCACUGUCGCUGAUCGUCCUUCCUUUUAUCCCUGCAUCCAACCUUUUUUUCCCUGUGGGCUUUGUUGUAGCCGAAAGAGUCCUGUACGUGCCCAGCAUGGGAUUUUGUGUUUUGGUAGCCCAUGGAUUUAAACUCCUGUCCCAAAGAGGAGCCCUAAAGAAAACGUCUUGGUUGCUCAUGGGAGUUCUUCUAACAACACACGCCGUGAAGACUUUCAACAGAAACUGGGAUUGGGAGUCCGAAUACACGCUUUUUACAUCUGCACUGAAAGUGAGCAGGAACAAUGCCAAACUCUGGAACAAUGUCGGACAUGCUUUGGAGAAUCAAAAUAGUUAUGAGCGAGCGUUGAGAUACUUCCUUCAGGCCACAAGAGUGCAACCAGAUGACAUUGGGGCCCACAUGAACGUUGGGAGAACCUACAAAAACCUGAACAGGUCCAGAGAGGCAGAGGAGGCAUAUCUUAUUGCAAAAUCCCUUAUGCCACAGAUCAUUCCAGGGAAGAAGUAUGCAACCCGUGUGGCCCCCAACCAUCUGAACGUCUACAUUAACCUGGCAAACCUAAUUCGGGCGAAUGACUCCCGCCUGGAGGAAGCCGACCAACUCUAUAGGCAGGCCAUCAGCAUGAGACCGGACUUCAAGCAAGCCUACAUCAGUCGAGGGGAGCUUCUGCUGAAAAUGAACAAGCCCAGUGAGGCGAAGGACGCCUACCUACGAGCGCUGGAGCUGGACCAUACCAAUGCAGACCUGUGGUACAAUCUGGCAAUUGUCAAUAUUGAGAUGAAGGACCCCUCAGAGGCUUUGAGAAACUUUAAUCGUGCAUUGGACCUGAAUCCACGGCACAAACUGGCACUCUUCAACUCAGCGCUUCUCAUGCAAGAGUCAGGUGAGGCAAAAUUUCGCCCAGAGGCAAACCGUCGCUUUCUCACCUACGUGAAAGAAGAGCCGGAUGAUGCUAACGGCUACUUCAACCUGGGCAUGCUGGCAAUGGACGCUAACGAGAACGAAGAGGCCGAGCGCUGGAUGCGGGAGGCCAUUCGACUGCAACCUGGCUUCCGCAGCGCUUUGUUUAACUUGGCCCUGCUCUACUCUCAGUCACAACGUGAACUGGAUGCUCUCCCGGUGCUUGAGGAACUGCUGCGGUACCACCCGGAGCACGUCAAAGGUCUGAUCCUCAAGGGAGACAUCCUCAUGAACCACCGCAAGGAUACGCCUGGCGCCAAGGCCUGUUUCGAACGCAUCUUGAACAUGGACCCCAGCAACGUGCAGGCCAAGCAUAACCUCUGUGUGGUGUACUUCGAAGAACGGGAGCUCCAGCGUGCCGAGCGCUGUUUAAUGGAGACUCUUGCCAUGGCCCCGCACGAAGAGUACAUCCGACGGCACCUCGCCAUCGUACGCAACAAAAUGGCCUCCAUGAGCACUGCGGGCCAGUUGAUUGCACCAACAGAGGGUGGUAGUGAAUCGGACAAGCAGCAAGAGCAAAAACAACAGGACAAACAGGAGGAGGAGGAAGGGCGAGGUGUUGCCUCAGGAGCAGGGGAGGGGGCCAGGAAAGAGAAGAAUUUGAGGAAAUCCUCCCCCAAAGAAAGCGUCAGCAGCCAGGGCCACGGCCAAUCAAAGAAGCUGGAUGCGGGCCAGCCUGACAAGCGGACUAAGAGCAAAUCCACAAAAGAGAUUAAAGAUAUAGAAAAGAAAAGGGCAGCUGCCUUGAAGAGACUGGAGGAGAUUGAACGCAUAUUAAGCAGCGAUUAACCUUGUUUGUCAACCACCACACUCUUUUUAUUUAAAGUGCAAGAAUGAGACUCUUCUGUUUUUUUGUUGUUUUUUCGAGACCUUGAUUAUGCAUGUUUCUUGGCGCUUUUGUUUGACUGUUUUGUGUAUUUUAUAUAUUGUGUGGUAUACCUCCUUUUCCCACAGCUUUAAUUAUGUAAAGCUGUCUGAAAAGGAAAACCAGGUGUGCACUCACAACAAGCGCUGAAAAAAAACACAAAAUUAGGUACUUUUUUAAAAGAAUCCCUACUAAAAAAAUCAUUUAUUACUGUAACGUUUAUUUAUUUAUGAUUGUCUAUAUUCGAGUCACUGGAUUAGUUUUUGUCACUUUUUUGUUUGAAUUUACCAAAUCACAGGCAAGUAUUACUCAUAAUCACAAAUAAAGUAUUGGUAAUAUCAGCCAGACCAUUUUAUAGCAGGUCCUCUGUGUGGUCCGUCACAUGGUUGUUAUAAUUUAGCUCAGCAGACCCCUCUCCCUCUUUGCAUGACAUCACUGCACUUCCUCCAAUUCACUGCUGGUGUUUAUUCAUGUGUCAUUAUUGCUGCUGUUGUUGUUGUUGUUGUUGUUUUUAGUUAUGACACCAAAUGGUGUCAGCGUUUAAUUAUAUCCUCUGACAUAAUCUCAUUCUGAAUUAGGGUCACCUCCCUUCUCCAGCCCUCUUUUUGCAGGCUUCUGGGAUUUAUCUGUGUGGCUGAGUGGUCAUACAGAGGCAAACUUUAUUCUUUGGAGUUUUUCUUUUCUCUUUAAGGUUUUCGUGGCUUCUGACUGUUUCUUGUUCUCCCCACAGAGAUCUCUCCUUAAAAUUAUAAUCGGGAAAAAAAUGUAAAGGAAUAAUUCACCCAAAACUAAACAUCUGUCAUCAUUUACUAACCCUCAUGUCAUUCAAAACCUGUAUGACUGACUUCUUCUGUGGAACAUAAGACAUUUUUUAUUCCCAUGUACUGUUGUACAUAAUGCAAAAGGGUCAUAUGAUUCUGUGCUGCAUGAUAGCUUUGUUCAUCAAACCGAAUCAAAUUAAAUUUCUUUGAAUGAUGUUUUUGAAUCGGUAUGAUUCACUGAUUCAGCAAUCCAGGCGCAGCACUUAACAGCUCGCUGGAGAGGCAGAUUUUCUAUGAAUGACAAAGUUGCCAAAUGGCAUCAAAAGACAGCUACAAAUUACAAUAUUGUUUUUUUUUAAACUCUAGUGUACAUUCAUUACAAUUGGUUUGACAGGAUUGAACAGAACAGUUCUUAAAAUGUCUUUUGUAUGUGUUUGAAGUGACAUGGGAUUGAGUAAAUGAUGACAGUAUUGUCAUUUUUGAGUGAACUGGCCAUUAAAUAUGGUAAACAUCACAGCGAAGACCAUAUUUUUUCAGUUUUUUUUUUUUUUUUUUAUUGUUGUUGUUUUAAGCUUUUCUAUGUGUCAAGAAUUAAUCAUUCAUUUUCUAAGCCAAGAUUACAUGCCAGUGUGUUACUUCAGUAUUCUAAUGUGCUGCAGAUGAGCUUCAAAUAUUCAUGUUGCGCUUUGAGUCGAGUUGAGCAUAUUGUUUCCUGUAAAGCUGAAACAACCAUGUGCUCUCGCUGGAAUGCUGUCUCCGUUUUACGGUUUACUUUGAAGGCAAGCCCUGAAAUAUCUCCUCUGACCUUUCUGAAGAUUUAAACAGAAAAAAAGGUACCUGAGAGCUCACUGAUUUUUGAGUCCUCAAAGACUGUGAGAGAGUUCAUUUCCACAUAUUCUACAACACUAGCGAUUGUAACACUAAUGUGGGGCACAUAUGAUGUGUUAUUUUCUAAUAAAGCCACUUUAAGUAGCAAAACUAAUUAAGUAGCGGACUUAUAUAGUUUACAGUGCUAUCAGCUGUUUUGCCAAUUGAGAUGUUCAGUCAUAAAACUUGAGCAAGGACCUGAAUUGCUACACGUUUGCAACAUCUGUGCAUCUGAAUCUUUUUUUUUUAUUGUCAGUUUGAUAGUCUAUAAGGACAGAUUUACAUGGCUGUAUCAUAUUAAUCCUCAAAUAUAUAGUGUUGGGAGUUCAUUUCCCACUAAAUCUUCUCACUCAACUCUAAUUCAGCUGUUCGUGAUGUCAUAUUUCAAGUUUCCCUCAGCUCAUCUUAAUUAUGUUUUAGGACUCUUUCAUCUCAUGUUUACUCGUACUGUGCUUUCACCCCAUAUCCAAGUUGUUAAAUCUUGAUUUAUGGUAUUUACCUUUUUAUUUGGACUAAUGUUUUGACUUAUGAGUGGUGGAGGGACCUUUGGUUUUCUAAUAAAAAUGACUUACAUCAA